AUGGUUCAGUCGUCGCCAUUUGCCACCACGACGGUCCCGUCGCCGGGCUUCGGUGCCAUGGGCCUGAGCUUCAGGCCUAGCCUUGAAGAAGCUGAACCCGUGCUGUUAAAGGCGGUUGAAUUGGGAUGCACAUUAUGGGAUACUGCCGUUAGUGACUUCACUCGGAAACAUAAUGUCCGCGGCAAGAUUUUCAGUUCGUCCCCUGAUCAAUUCGCUUCGAAAUGUGGCUUCAAUGUGUUUGGGGGCCCUGUCAGCGUUACUCACUCGGCCUCGCAUAUCAAGGAGUACAUAGAAGGCACUAUUGAGAGGCUCGGGUUCACUCCUGAUUUUACGUUCAGUAGCCUUGAAGCGUUUUCAGAGCUGACCUCAACAGACACUCCUCUUGAGGAGUCUAUUUCAGCCCUGGAUGAAAUUCGGAAGGCAGGGAAGACAAAGUACAUUGGUCUUUCGGAAUGCUCCGCCGAAACCUUGCGGAAAGCCAACUCAAUUGCCAAAAUUGAUGCAGUCCAAGCGGAGUACUCAGCCUUUGAGACAAUCCACGAGACCGACGGCUUGAUUACCACAGCAAAGGAGUUGAGUGUGGCGUAUGUUGCUUUCAGUCCACUAGGUUACGGCUGGUUGGUUGAUAACUUCGAUUUCCGAUCCCCUGAUGACUUUGCGCCCGAUAACUUCCGCCGAACCGAUGGCGCAUUCGACGAAGUUAUCAUUUUGGUUCCCCCAUUUAAUGCUAUUCCCCACACCGAUUCCAAGGAGCUACUUGACCCUGAAAUUCAUAGAACUAAGGGAAUUUUACGCGUAAUCAAGGAUAAAGCGUCUUCGGUCAAGCGAGUUAUUAUUACCUCGUUAUUUAUUGCUAUCGUUAGCAUAGAAAGACGCCCCGAUAUGUAUAGUAAGAGCCGAUUGUCCUAA